GAAAGAGUGGGGAUUGUUCAGCGGCGGAGUGUGCGGCGCGCAGACUGCACGCAUGUCACUGGACUCGAAUGGUGCGAAGCUCUGAAUGACGGACUCGGACGUCCGGGAAUGACAGCCGCUGUCACCGAGAGUGACAACUUCCACUCUCAGCGAGUCCGUUAACAGCGCUCCAGCUGACUGUCUGCACUGAUCCGCGUGGGAUCUACUAGCCAGUCGGGGACUAUGCCAGAGAUGGAGAAAGGCAGACCCCCAGAAAAUAAACGCAGCAGGAAACCAGCGCACCCCGUGAAGAGAGAGAUCAACCAGGAGAUGAAGACGUUUGCAGAAAGCACCAUGAACGAGCUCCUGGGAUGGUACGGAUAUGACAAGGUAGACCUGAGGGAAUCCGAGGCCAAUGAGAUAAGAAACUACAGAGAGAGGCGACAGCAUGUGUCUGUGCUAAAAGAAAACUCGUUGCCAAAACCCAAAAUACUGGACUCCAAAAUGAGUCACUCAGUCCUUGCCAUGAAGAGCGGAGAGAGGGAAUCUUCCAGUGUGCCUUUAUCCUCACCCUCCUCAUCUUCAACAAGCUCAUCCCUGACCCCUAAAGAGCACAAGAGUGCCCCUGUUAUUGUUCCCCUCAUAAAGCCAUCAGCAGUGGAAGAUGUACAGAAUGUGCAGAUAGUGUGUGUUUGGUGCCAGAAAGAAGGUGUGAAACGCUACUCGCUGUGUAUGGGUUCAGAGCUGAAGAGCUUUUGCAGCGAGAAGUGUUUUGCCGCCUGCAGACGGGCCUACUUCAAGCGAAACAAGGCCAGAGAUGAAGACCUCCACAGUGACAGAUCACCUCAGCAUACUCAUCCAGAAGACUCACCGAGACUCGUUCUCAAGAUAAACAGCAGUGUCAGAUCUGUCUCUCCUGUACCACAGGUAUGUGAUUGGUGCAAACAUGUUCGUCACACUAAGGAAUACCUGGACUUUGGAUCUGGAGAAGAACGACUUCAGUUCUGCAGCACCAAGUGCUUGAACCAAUACAAGAUGGAUGUUUUCUACAGAGAAGCUCGUGCAGCUCUCAACAGCACCAGUUCAAGUCCAAGCCGACCCAGUCAGGGCAGAAGGGUGGACAGCAGUGUAGCUGGGCAAAAGCUGCUCACUCCUGAGUCUUGGAACAGCAACAACAUCGCAGGAGAAAUACGCAACAUGAGUCUGUCACCUAAAGGACCCGCUCCAAUGCACGGAUCUGUAGAAUCCACCAGAAACCCCCACUCAGAAGAAUCUUCUUUCUCUUCCAAAGUUCCAGUCUCAGGGCUGAGGACCUUAGAGAGAUCCAUCCAGCCACCUCCACCUCUUCCCGCUGUGGAGGUGUCCCACCCUCACCCACUACCUCCACCUCGCCCCCUUCUGGAUCAAAAACCAGUACCUCAAAUCCCCAUACCCUUCAUCAGACCUCCUCUUCAUGCUCAGGGCCUGAAAAGCCCUCUUGCCAAUCAUCCUAGACAUCCAGCUCCCCCAUCAAGCCCUAUUCAUAGACCUCCACAUUCGCCACACAUGCAGCCACCCUCUUCUGCUUCCAUUAAUCCACCUGGGCUGAUGCCUCCUUUCCCAGGAGCCUACUUCCCCGGAUUGCAUUCCCCUCCUAUGAACAUGAUGCCAAGAGGUCCUGUUCCAAUUCCCCCAAUGAUGAACUUUGGUUUUCCUACUUUUAGUCCUCUUUUGCCUCAACCGACUGUCUUGGUGCCUUAUCCCAUCAUUGUUCCCCUGCCUGUUCCCAUCCCAAUUCCUAUCCCCAUUCCAGUCCCUGCUAAAGCAGCUGUAGAAAUUCCAUGUCACAGUGGAGUCAUACAACCCGUGCCAGAGGGGGUGGAUAGGAGCAGAUCCAGGACUACCAGAGUGUCAUCUCCAGGGGUUUCUGAAAGAGACUGCAGAUUGAUAAUUGAAAAAAUGGACGGAGCCUUUUCACAAGGUGUCACCUCACCAAAUGAGUCCAACUUAAGGGACAGAGACUGGGUUAAAUCUGAGAGGCCAUUUUUGUCCCCAGCAUCUACACCACAAAGUGGAGCAUCCUCCCCCAGAACACAGUACAAUGAAUCACCCUGCCAUGCAGCUGGUUCAGAUGGACUGCCAGACCCUAAGCAGCAUCAGACAGUGCGACAGGUCAUUCAGAGGGUUCUCCAACACACAAAGCCAGAGCCUAAUGUGAAUGGAAUGAUGGACUUGUCUGGUUCAGACAACUCAGCAGUGGGGCAGGCUAAAAGAACAGAUCUCCAGGAUAUUAUCAGAGCCACCCACCCUCUACAGGUAUCACCUUUACAGGAUGCAGUCUGCCAGGAGCACGACUCCCACAGUCCACCUUCUCAAGGUCCACCCAGCCCAACAGGAACCAGCAAUUCAUAUGAUGCCAACUUUUCUGCUCUGACGUCUCAGGACCAUGGUAAGAACGGGGUGUCGUCCUCAUCCAUGCCUCCCAGUAUGGAUUCUUCCCUGCCCCAGAGAUUACCAGCAUCACCCCAGGACCCUUCACUUAGUGAACUGGAAGCUAUCAAGGAGAACAAGUGCUCUGUUGUUAGCCCAGUGCGGAUCGAAGGCCAGCCCAGUCAGUUAGAAGGGCCAGUAACUGUAGUUGGGGAUGCUGGAGAAGAUGCUCGUGUUCCGGAUGAAGACCAUGCCUAUGCCCUGCCCACAGCGCCAAAGACAGGUGUGACCACUACCCCACUGCUCUUGCCUAAACUCAGGGACAAGGGUAGCCUGAGGAGUCCUACUAAUAUUCCCAGCGCUGGGGACAUGGAGCCAGCUUUAAAGAGGCGAUGCCUACGAAUCCGAGAUCAGAAUAAGUAGAGAAUAGAGACUCCCUGUUUAAACCCCUUCGGCAGUGCCAGAAUCAGUGCCGCUCCCUCUUGUGGACAACACCGGUGUGUACACCCUGCAGCCUGUCCCGCCGCCUGUCAGCCCACCAGAGUGUUGCUCUGCCUGUAGACCAGCAGGGUGCCAACCCAGGAAGCAGUCCAGAUGGCCAAAUCAUCACAGCAUAAGAGAUGAACACACAGCACAGUCACACACUUUGUUCUGGACCAAAGAGCAUCAACCGCGUUUUGUGUGUUGCAGUGUGUUCAGUAAGCACUUGAAGGGGAGAUUCUCAGAUUCUCCACUUCUGUCACAUUGCCCUAAAGUUGUAUGUGUGCACAACUGCACAGAUGCGCUCCUCUUCCUCCUCCUCCUCCUCCUCCUUCUCCUCCUCCGUCUCUCGUUGCUCCACACGGCAGACAAGUCUCUGAUCAGCCUUGUGUGGUCUUCUCAUUUGGAGCCUGAACAUGAUCUCUUUCCAGGGGAAACGGUUUGUUUUCGCUGCCCAGCUUGCACAAAGAGCCACAUUGUUCCCCUUCCCAUAUCCCACGGUGACUCCCCACUACAGGUUUUGGGUUACCUAGCUGAUGGGGGCUCAGGCUUCAGGAGUUUUUUUUUUUUUUUUUUUUUUGAGAAACAGACCGAAAUAUAAUAUAGCCUUCAUUUUGUUGCCUAUCCACCCAAUCUAAAUAGAGCACGUUAAACACUCAGUGGUUAUGAUGUUUAAUUCCUCUCUAUUCCCUUCUGGGACUUCUUACUGUGAGGCUGAGGAAAGCCUGGAAGAGAGAAUCCUUCUAAUAAUCCCAAACCAAAGUGUUGCAGAGCAGCAGACAGGGGUUAUGCUGAUAGCUCCAACAUUUUGGACAGCAGAUGGAGAUGAUGGUGAGCACUGAGUGUCACACAUGAACUUCCUGACAGUGAAAACCACAAUCAGCUUUGAAGAUACUGGACAUAAUUAGACAAAGUAACAUUGCUAAGUGUGCUAUUGUACUCAAAGGCAUCAAAUGCUGUAAAAUACAGCAAUCAGUAUUACAUUUCCCGCUGCUGGGGAUACUUUGAUCCUGCCAGAUCACCUAGAUGCUAGUCAACUUUUGUGCGAUUUCAGUUUUUAGUUAAUACAGAUAUUAUUUGAUAUAAUAUUAACUUAUGGAUGAUACAUCUGUAGAUUCUCAUUAAAAAAGCGUUACUACUACAUUUGUAUUUUCUUAAUUAUUAUUUUUGUUUGUGCUGUAAAGUCCCUUGUUUAAGUGUGUAUGCUUCAUGUCCACUAGAGGGCAGUAUUUGCCUUCUUUAUAUUUGCACCUGCUCUUAUUGAUAGAAAGCACCAGAAGGCAAUAAAUGGACGGUCUGAUUGAAACUGGACACAGCCAUGCGCUCUGCACUGUCUGAUUAAUCGCCAAACCUGUCACCUUUUUUGAUGCUACUUUCGGAGGGGAAUUUAAAAUAAUAGCUUCCGAUUUUCUUUGACCGACAAGACUUUAAGGCCUGACACCCUCCUGCCAUCAUUCCAAAAUCCCCCAUCAUUUGCAUGUUUGUGUUUCUCUAUGUGUCCCUUGUUUCACAACACGUUUGCUUGUCACUUAUUUCCUUUUAUGGAAAGUCAUCAUGACAAUGUCAUCUUCAGCAGUCAGGAAUGUUUGACAGUACUACAUACAUGAUGGAUGCCAAAAGGUGAAAACAUUAAAAAGCUGUAACUGAUCCAAAUAUACCGGUAAUUCUUGAAAUGAUUUAUAAAACAUGUACAAAAUGUGUCAAAUGCACAGGUUUCACCUCUUCUGUCUGCUCCUUAUCUGAACUGUAUCUGUCUCAUUGUUUGUAUUUGAAUAAAGAUUAAGUAACCAAAAACUUUGGUGGAGAUCUCUUUGUAAAGUAAAAUAUAUAAAAUAAAAGAUAUUGUAAGAUAAAA